AGUUUUUGGGUGCUUAACUUUACACUCUUUGCAAGAGAGAUUUUAUCAGCUUGGUUACGUCUUUGGAUAUCAGCUGCUCAUGUUCGUCUGAUAACCAGCGAUGAUGUCCAGAUAUUUCAUUAUCCUGAUUCUAGUUCUUCCAGUGGUGGCCCAGGAACUGCCCUCGGCCCCACAGGGAUGCAUGGAAGGUAGCUGUUAUCCGGCGACAGGGAAUCUUCUUAUUGGCCGAGCUGUUAACUUGACUGCUACUUCCACCUGUGGUCUGGAUGGACCUGAGCAAUACUGCAUUGUCAGUCAUCUACAGGAGUCAGAUAAGUGCUUUAUAUGUAACUCUAUGGAGCCAUACGAUCCAUAUCAUCGCCGAAACAGCCACCCAGUGAAGAACGUCAUCUACCAAAGAGACAACAGAGGAGAACUCACCUGGUGGCAGUCUGUCAAUGGGGAGGAGAGUGUCAGUAUCAGACUGAAUCUGGAGGCAGAGUUCCACUUUACUCAUCUCAUUAUGAAGUUUAAGACGUUCAGGCCCGCUGCUAUGAUGAUUGAACGUUCUUCAGAUUUUGGUCGCACGUGGAGGCCGUAUCGCUACUUUGCCUACAACUGCAGCAGGACGUACCCAACAGUCCCCUCUCAUUCCCUUCGGUACAUUAAUGAGGUCAUCUGUGAGGAGCGUUACUCUGACAUUGAGCCUUCUACUGAGGGAGAGGUCAUUUACAAAGUGCUUGAUCCUGCAAUUCAUGUCAAAGACCCAUACAGUCUUGACAUACAGGAUUUGUUGCGGAUCACUAACCUUCGGAUUAACUUCACUAAACUGCACACUCUGGGCGACAACCUGCUGGACCGACGGCCUGACGUGCUCCAAAAAUAUUACUACGCUUUGUAUGAGCUGGUUGUGCGUGGGAGCUGCUUUUGUUACGGUCAUGCAUCAGAGUGCUUGCCUGUGCCCGGGGUCACCACCAGAGAUCAUGGAAUGAUUCAUGGGCGUUGCAUGUGUAAGCACAACACAGUGGGAUUAAACUGCGAGCGCUGUAGAGAUUUUUACCACGAUGCACCUUGGAGACCAGCAGAGACUGAUAAUGCACAUACCUGCAGGGAAUGCAACUGUAACGGUCACUCUAACCAGUGUCAUUUCGACAUGGCUGUAUAUUUGGCGACGGGGAACGUCAGUGGAGGCGUUUGCGACAACUGUCUUCACAACACCGUGGGCCGCAAUUGUGAGACAUGUAAACCUUUCUACUAUCAAGAUCCAGCUAGAGAUAUCCGAGAUCCUGCUGCAUGUAUCCCCUGUGACUGUGACCCCGAGGGCUCUUUAGAGGGCGGAGUUUGUGACAGUCACACUGAUCUGGAUCUGGGUAUGAUUGGCGGUCAGUGUCGCUGUAAGCAGAAUGUCAAGGGUCAGCGUUGUGACUACUGUAGAGAGGGACACUAUGGACUCAGCAUUGACGACCCACUGGGAUGUCAAGCAUGUAACUGUGAUCCCCGUGGCAUCACAACGCUGGGGAGCCCGUGCGAUCAGAUCAGUGGAGACUGUUCCUGUAAAAGAUACGUGACUGGCCGCUACUGCAACGAGUGUUUGCCUGAACACUGGGGACUCAGUAAUGACCUGACUGGUUGCAGACCCUGUGACUGUGACUUUGGUGGAGCAACCAGCAACAGUUGCAUAAUGGACAACGGUCAGUGCGCCUGUCGGCCUCACCUUAUUGGCCGGCAGUGUGCCGAAGUGCAGCCAGCGUAUUUCUGUGCCGCUCUGGAUUAUUACAAAUAUGAGGCAGAGGAAGCAAUUGGGCACCAGCCUGAUGACAUCACACUUCCAGGUAAGCCAAGGCCUCAGGCUGAGACCGACUGUGUUCAGCAUCUCAACAAUCAGCUCAGAAGACAACGCCGUCACCGCCGCAUUGCCACUGCCCAGCAACAGAGGGCAGCACUGAGACGCAUCCGACAGUUGCAGCAAACUCCCAGCGUGAGCACAGUGCACCGAGAGAGGCAGGCGGGUCAGAUGAUAACAUGGACCGGACCGGGCUUCGCUCGGGUUAAAGACGGCGCUGGCCUCGGGUUUACCAUCAGUAACAUCCCUCACGCUAUGGAAUAUGACAUCAUGAUCCGAUAUGAGCCUGAGUCUACAGAGGACUGGGAGGCUUUAGUGAGCGUUACAUCCGUAGAUCUGCCCACUAGUCUCCGAUGUGGAAACAUGCUGCCGACAGAACAGUUGUACACAGUCAAAAUGUCCCAUCACAGGAGGUAUAUUCAAAUGCCGAGGCCCUUCUGCUUUGAGCCAAACAACCGUUAUGUGCUAUCCAUCCGGUUCCAGCGUCAUGCUGUCUCUCACCGACAUCUCACAGCCUUCAUCCUGAUAGACUCGCUUGUGCUGAUACCCAAGUAUGAAGAGCUCCCUGGUUUCCAGGGAAGCGACGGCCCAGAUGAGCGUCGACGUCUGGAGAUGGAGUUGUACAUGUGUCUGGAUUCAUUCAUGACCAUGCCGAUGCCUGCGAUGGCUGAGGUGUGCACAAAACUCAUCUGCGGCAUCUCGGCUAUCAUACACAACGGUGCCCUGGCAUGCCAAUGUGACCCACAGGGUUCCCUUAGAGCAGAUUGUGACAAAGUUGGAGGCCAAUGUCACUGCAAACCCAAUGUUAUUGGUCGUAAAUGUGAUCAGUGCGCGCCAGGGACGUUCGGAUUUGGGCCAAAUGGCUGCACUGCAUGUGACUGCCACUCACAGGGGUCUCUGGGUCAUCAGUGUGACCCGGUGACGGGUCAGUGUCCUUGUCGGCAAGGGGCGAUUGGACGUCAGUGCUCUGAGUGCCAGCUGGGCCAGUGGGGAUUCCCCAACUGCAGGCCAUGUCAGUGUAAUGGACAUGCAGAGAGCUGUGACCCAGAAACGGGCGACUGCUACGAAUGCAGAGACCACACGUCAGGACAACUCUGUGACAGGUGUAUGAAUGGUUUCUAUGGCAACCCAUUAGUUGGUUCUGGUGAGCACUGUCGCCCAUGCCCGUGUCCGGGCCACCCUGACAGUGGACACUCCAAUGGUGCUUCUUGUCAUGCAGAUUAUGCCUCCAACCAGAUACUCUGCCAAUGUAGCACAGGAUAUGCAGGUCCUCGCUGUGAUAAAUGUGCCCCUGGCUACUAUGGUGACCCCGAGCAGCUCGGUGGGUCGUGCCGCCCGUGCCAGUGCAGCGGGAACAUCGAUCCCCUGGACCCCGAGUCAUGUGACCCACGCACCGGCCAAUGCCUUAAAUGCCUGUAUAACACGGGUGGCCCCUCCUGCUCUGAGUGUGAACAUGGUUACUUUGGAAACGCCCUUGCUCAGGACUGCAGACGCUGCACUUGUGUGACCGCAGGCACUUUAGAAGCCUAUUGCACUGAUGAGGUCUGUCACUGUGAUAGUCGCACCGGCCAGUGUCCGUGCAAACGAAAUGUCAUCGGCCACAACUGUGACCAGUGCGCCCCCAACCACUGGAACUUCGGUUCAGAUAGCGGAUGUGCACCCUGUGGAUGCCCCCAACCAAAUGCACUCACCACCCACUGCAACAUGUUCAGUGGUCAGUGUCACUGUCAGCCAGGUUUUGGAGGGAGGCAGUGCAAUGAGUGUGAGAUGUUUCAUUGGGGUGAUCCCAGAGUGCAAUGCGAAGAGUGUAACUGCCACCCGCUGGGCUCAGAGACGGCACAGUGCGAUCGCUUGACAGGGCAGUGCGAGUGUAAAGAGGAAGUAGCGGGACGUCGCUGUGACGAGUGCGCCCGCGGGUUCACAGGAACCUUCCCCAAAUGUGUUCGCUGCCACCCCUGCUUCCAGUUGUGGGAUGAUGUCCUGUGCCAGUUACGCCGUGAUCUGACCCACAUCAAAGACGUCAUUGCCAAGAUUGUGGAAAUGGGUGAGGUGCCCGGAGUCAGCGACGCCCGCAUUCGGGAAUUGGAGAGGAAGCUGGCGCAGGUUCAGGAUCUGAUACGAGAUGGAGACAGAGAGGGAACCUAUAACUUAAUCAACCAGGCUAUCGAUGAUUUGAGAGCCGAGAUAGCUUGGACUAAUGGCCGUUUGAUGGAUGUGGUUCGGGACCUUAACGCGACGGCAGAACAUGACAAUGCUCUGAAACAGAACCUGAAUGCAUUGGAGCAAGAACUUAAAGUCUUGAAUAAUACGCUUCAGCAAAUGCUUGAAGAACUGGAGAAUUUCCGAACUGCUGGGUUGGCAGAGCAGUUUGAGAAAGUGCUCAAGUAUUACCAGAGUUCACUGGAUUCAGAACAGCGCUGUAAUGCCUCUGUACACGGACCCCAAAGUCCUGUGCAACAGUCUGAAGACACACGCAAUCGCACUGAAGUCCUGCUGAAACAGAAGAAGGACAGCUUUUCGCGUACGGUCGCUGCCAACAACAAGUCCCUGUCUGAGCUGGAGGAUAAAGCUCAUAAGAUGGAGAAAAAGCUCAAAAGCCUAAGCGACAAGGUUUGUGGUGGCCACGGCAGUGCUGGCACAAAUAGUAGCUGUCCGGAUAGCCCAUGUGGAGGUGCUGGUUGUCGUGACAGUGAAGGUGCGCUGAUGUGUGGAGGGAGAGGAUGUACGGGAACGGUUGGUGCAUCAGUUUCGGCCCUGGACCAAGCCAAUGAUGUUCGUAAGAACCUGACCGCUGCUGCUGAAGAAAUACAAACAAUGGCUAAAAAGCUUCAAGACAUCGCUACGCUCACAGAGAAUGUCAAGACGCAAGCAAAGGACACUCUUGAUAAAGCUAACAGAAAGAAAAAACAAUUUGAGGACUCCAAUAAGAAACUGAAAGAUCUCAUUCAGAAGAUCAGAGACUUCUUGAUGGAGGAGGGAGCGGAUCCAGAAAGCAUAGAAAAGGUGGCCCGGCAGGUUUUGGCCAUUUCCUUGCCAGUCAACAGGACUGUAAUAACCAACAUAGUCCAGCAGAUCAAAGACAGCAUCACCAACCUCACCAAUGUGGAGAAUGUGUUCAACCAAACCUCAGAAUACCUGGCCAAAGCCAAAGAUCUUCUUAAAAGAGCGCAAAACGCGAGUGCACAGGCGGAGGGAGUGAGCGACAAUAUCAAUAUAACCAAAGAGGCGCUUGAAAGCUCUCAGGCAGCCAUAAAGAAAGCGGAAGAUGCAAUGACCACAGCUCUGGAGAACCUGAACACUGCCAAGAACAUCACCACUAUGGUUAACAACAAAAUUUUAGAUCUCAACGACAAUCAGAUGGAUUUGAUGAUGCGAUUGGCCAAUUUAUCCCAAGGGGUGGAGUUAUUGAAAAAUAAAACUGAACUGAACAGAGAGAUGGCAAAGGAUGCUAAGGCACAGUCGACUAAUGCUACUCAAGAAGCAGAUGGACUUCAAGAGGAGCUAUCCAAAGCUGAAAAUCUUUAUAAUGAACUUAAAGAGAAGGUGGACUCUGUGGGUGGAGAAGGAAACGUUAACCAGAGAGCCACAGACAUGAAAAAAGAGGCAGAGGAUCUGCUCAAUAAAGCCACCAAGGGCAUGCAGAAACUUAAAAACCUGGAGAAGAAGUUAAAAACAAAUGAGCAGAUGAUGCUGCAGCAGCAGAAUGAACUGGCAGAUCUGGAGAAAAAUGUUACAGAUGUCAGAGAAUCCAUCCGUGUUAAAGUCAUGGGCUACAACAACUGUCAGUAAAAACAGAUACUAAAGCCAAAUUGAAAUAAGUACUGCAAAUAACCCAGAAAAUAAAAUGACCAGUGCAGAAAAUAUUUUUAAUAUACAGACAUUAAUUGUCGAAAUUGAUAUUAUACAUUUUGAGAGUUUUCAGUUCAUAUUUGGAUGAAUUUGUGCCAAUUUCAAGAUGCAGCCAGGAUCUAAAACAUUUCAGCAUUUAUUCGUAAGAAAACUUUUAUUUUUGUAUGCGUUGAUGAUAAACUUUGGAAUGAAGCACUGGGUCUCAUUUGUAUUCUUAUACACACAAGUUAUAUAACUUAUCACAUGCGUUCACACAUUGUUCCUAGCCCAAUAUGUUUUUUCUGUGUUGUCUGAAACAUAUAUGCAUUAAAUAUCUUUAC